GGUGGGAGCUCGGCGAUGGGGAGCGGCGGUGGUGAGUGCUGGCGGGAGCCGGGCAGGCGAUGGGUCACACGGAACAGAGACCGGAGGAGAACGGACUCGGGCCCCUAUGACCGGGGAGGGCGCGUCGCAUCCCCCAAAGCACGGGUGAUCCACUGUAGGUGUGCCAAGUGUUUCUGUUAUCCUACGAAGCGAAGAAUCAAAAGAAGACCCAGGAACUUGACCAUCUUGAGUCUCCCAGAAGACGUGCUCUUUCAUAUCCUGAAAUGGCUUUCUGUUGGAGACAUCCUGGCUGUCCGAGCUGUUCACUCCCACCUCAAGUACCUGGUGGACAACCAUGCCAGUGUGUGGGCAUCUGCCAGCUUCCAAGAGCUGUGGCCUUCUCCACAGAACCUAAAGCUGUUUGAAAGGGCUGCCGAAAAGGGGAAUUUUGAAGCUGCUGUGAAGUUGGGCAUCGCCUACCUCUACAAUGAAGGCUUGUCUGUGUCGGAUGAGGCCUGCGCAGAAGUGAACGGCCUGAAGGCCUCUCGCUUCUUCAGCAUGGCCGAGAGAUUGAAUACGGGUUCGGACCCCUUCAUCUGGCUCUUCAUCCGCCCGCCGUGGUCAGUGUCUGGAAGCUGUUGCAAGGCCGUGGUCCAUGACAGCCUCAGGGCUGAGUGUCAGUUACAAAGAAGUCAUAAAGCUUCCAUACUGCACUGCUUGGGAAGAGUGCUGAAUCUUUUUGAGGACGAAGAGAAAAGGAAGCAGGCUCAUAACCUUUUUGAAGAAUCUGCUCAUCAGGGAUGCUUGGCCAGCUCAUACCUCCUUUGGGAAAGUGACAGAAAGGUGGAUAUGUCUGACCCCGGACGAUGCCUCCACAGCUUCCGGAAACUCAGGGACUACGCCGCCAAGGGCUGCUGGGAAGCACAGCUGGCUUUGGCCAAAGCCUGCGCAGGAGGAAGCCAGCUUGGACUAGAAGGGAAGGCCUGCAGUGAGUCAGUCUGCCAGCUCUUCCAAGCCUCCCAGGCCGUCAACAAGCAGCAGAUAUUCUCUGUGCAGAAGGGGCUCAGUGACACCAUGAGGUACAUUCUAAUCGACUGGUUGGUGGAAGUUGCCACCAUGAAGGACUUCACAAGCCUGUGUCUCCACCUGACAGUGGAGUGUGUAGACCGGUACUUGCGGAGAAGACUGGUCCCCAGAUACAAGCUCCAGCUUCUGGGCAUCGCCUGCAUGGUCAUCUGUACCCGGUUCAUCAGCAAAGAGAUUCUGACCAUUAGAGAGGCUGUGUGGCUCACAGACAACACGUAUAAAUACGAGGACUUGGUACGCGUGAUGGGGGAGAUCAUCUCCGCCCUGGAAGGGAAGAUUCGGAUCCCUACGGUGGUUGACUAUAAAGAGGUCCUGCUGACACUGGUCCCUGUCGCACCCAGAACCCAACACCUGUGCAGCUUCCUCUGUGAGCUCACCCUGCUGCACACCAGCCUGUCCGUCUACGCCCCAGCCCGCCUGGCCUCUGCCGCCCUGCUCCUGGCCAGACUGAUGCAUGGACACACACAGCCCUGGACCACUCAGCUGUGGGACCUCACUGGGUUCUCCUACAGCGACCUCACGCCCUGCGUCUUGAGCCUCCAUAAGAAGUGUUUCCAUGAUGAUGCACCCAAAGACUACAGACAAGUCUCUCUGACGGCCGUGAAGCAGCGGUUUGAGGAUAAGUGCUAUGAGGAGAUCAGCCAGGAAGAGGUACUGAGCUAUGCCGAACUGUGCAGUGCAUUAGGGGUGAAACAGGAGAGCCCAGAGCCCCCGUCUUUCCCUAGCUCCGGGGAGAUCCACACCUUCCUCAGCUCACCCUCUGGGAGGAGAAGCAAACGGAAGCGAGAGAACAGCCUUCAGGAGGACAGGGGAAGCUUUGUUACCACACCCACCGCAGAACUAUCGAACCAGGAGGAGACAUUGCUAGGCAGCCUUCUGGACUGGAGCCUGGACUGCUGCUCUGGCUAUGAGGGAGACCAGGAGAGCGAAGGAGAGAAGGAGGGGGAUGUUACAGCUCCCAGUGGACUCCUUGACGUCACUGUGGUCUACCUGAACCCAGAAGAACACUGCUGCCAGGAGUCCAGUGAUGAGGAGGUGUGGCCAGAGGACAAGAGCCACCCAACACCAGGCACCCAGGCACCUCCAGCCUCAGCUCCCUGGCCCCUUCCCUGCAACAGGGGAGAUCCGGGCAAGGAUGUCACGACCUCAGGCUACUCCUCUGUCAGCAGCUCAAGUCCCAUAAGCUCCCUGGAUGGUGGCAUGGUGGGCUCUCCCCGAUCUACCUCAGUGCUCUCUGUGGGAAGCCACUCAAGCACAAAGCCUUGCUACCAUCAGGCCAAGAAGUCAUGUUUACAGUGUCGUCCCCCAAAUCCCCCAGAGAGCGGUGCUCACCAGCAACCGGUAAAGCGCCAAAACCUGUCGGUGCACAGUGACGAGGACACGAACCUGGGCUUCCUGAAGCUCUGAGUGUGCUAAGCCUUCGCCACGCUGAAUGUUUACUGAGGGAGGGCCGCUGUUUCACUAGGACACUGCCGAUGGGUGCUGUGUAGAUCCAGAAGGGCAACAGAUUCCUUAGGGGAGUUCAGUGCAAGCUGUCAGAACAUCGAGCUAGGUGAAAAAGCUCAACCUCUACAUGCUGGACAGCAGCCUCCCGGCAGUCCUGGCACACCUGUGAAACCCAUCCCUCUCUACCCUUCUGUGUCCUGCUGUCGGGAAGCAUGAGCCUCCAUGUUGGGAUUCACUAUCUGAGGCCAGGAGCUGACAACCUCCUUGGAAUACUAGCCUGGGUAACCUAACACAGUUCAAACCCCUGCCAGCAAGUCUUGUUUUAGACCAGUGGGGAGCUCUCAACUGAACACAGCACUGUCCCCCCUCACCCCUUCAGCCUAGGGAGCCUGUGUCCCUGCAUAUCAGUGUUGACUCUCGCCUAAUGGUGAGGUGUGAGGCCCUUGAAGCUGGGGUCACAGGCGUCCCUGUCCCUCCCUCUGGCACUUUGAGCUCAUUUUCAAAAUCUGUCCUCCCGGAGUGGUUUGUCUGUGUCCCAUCGUAUCCAUGUGACCGACCGUGUUUCUGCACUGAAUUUCUAGGCCAUUCUUUGCCCGUCUUUAUUUCUACGUUUCUUCUAAUGGGGAGGAAAAAAAAAAGAGGAAGCUAUUGAAAUAGAAGUAUUAAAUAAAAAGAUAACAGAUCCCCAAUAUCACUGAGCUUCAACUGAAAAGUGAAAAUCUAGUCCUGCAUGGUGGCCCGACACUGCAGUCCCAGCAGCCAGAAGUAUGGCAAGAGGACCAGAAGCUCCAGGUCAGCCUGGGCUGGGUCAUGUGACCUCAGGAAAAGGAAACUGAUGACCGCCCCUUGGUUCUAGCCUCAUGUUCUCUCCUUAUGAAAAAUGAAUCUUUCUAGAGUAUAGCCACAAACAGUCACUUGUAAUACCCAAAUCCACAAAGGUGCAGGAGAUGAGAGAAGUCGGAAGAGUUGCCGGUUUUGUGGCUGGACUCCGUGGAAGGAACCAGAAAGGGCCGGUGGUCCCUUUGAGCUUGUCAGAGAAUGCUCUGCCUCCUGCGGAAGGCCUUGGGUUUACAAGGCAGCCGUCCUCAGCACCUGAGGAGUCGGCUGAAGCCUGAGCAGAUACUGACCCUCCAAGUGUCUCCUCUUGAAGAAAGCACCAAGAGUGAGUGCCCCAGAUAUCCCUGAGCCACAAGUACAGACGGAGACUCGUUAGCUCUCUGCUUGCUUUCUGCUCAGCCCUGAAUGCAGCUCUUUUGAUUACUGUCGACACAAUUCUGGCCGCUCUGCCAAGGCACAGUGGGGCAGAGAGAGCCCAUGCGUUUGGAUUGUAGCCUGAGUGUUCUCCUGGGUACGUGUCCACCUGUUUCCUCCUCUCUGAGGGGACAGAAAUACCUACCUCACAGGAAUGUCGUGAGGAUUAAAUGUGAAGAGUCUUAA